AUUAAUUUCAGAGAUUGAUCGUUGGUUACUAGCAAUUUAAAACAGGAUAUCUAUAUUUACAUGCUCAAACCCUAUGCAUAUACAUGUAAUGUCAUGCGUAUAAUAUUCAAUCAUCGUACUGGAAACGGUACAGGGAAAGAGAUAGAACUAUACUUAUAGAUAUGAAUGUCCAUCUUGUGAAUGUACUUUGGUUACUGUCUUAUUCACACCCGUGUGUCUCUGCUGUGGUAUGCGAAGGAUUGAAAGGACUUACAUGUUGUAGUGGUUUUGCUGGACAUGUUUGGAACGAGACAGUUCACAACUGUACAAGAUGUAUGUCCGGGUUUCAUGGAGAACACUGUGCUUCGUCUUGUCCUUUUCCGCAUUAUGGUAUUCAUUGUGGCUUAAUGUGCAACUGUAGUGAAGAGGAGUGCCAUCAUCAAUAUGGCUGCAAAAGAAGCUUUGGAGACUCGUCAUCACCUGAUGCAGGUCCGUUAGCGAAAACAACUACAGCUUAUCCACUGAAUGAAGUGAAUGAAAAUUUUAAUACACUAGCUGUAGAGAUUAACUCUUGCAUUAGAACAGAGAAUGUCCCCCCUAUAAAGAGAAACACAGCAACACUGCAAUACGCCAUCAUUGGACUCGGAUGUGUCUGUUGUGUAUUUCUGAUCUUCUACAUAGGACUGCGUAUUGUUUUGUACAGAUACAAACCGAAAGUAUGGAACAGACAAGGACAUGAAAUGCAAAUGGAUGUUUAAACUGGAAGGAAAAAUUCUUUAUGAACUUAUGAACGGAAAUUCAAAUACGGAAAUUAUUUCAAGUACAUACGUAUAUUCACGAUAUACAUGUAUGAUGCAUUUCUGCCAUGUUUCGGAAAACGAAAUUCAUUAAAUCCAACGCUACAUGGACUUUACACAUGCUUUCUGAAUUAGAAUUAAUAUUACUGUUUCAGAUAUCAGUACUAUUUUGUUAAGUGUACGUAGCAUGACGCAACUGAAGUAAGAUAUACAAUUAAGCCCAGUCAACAAGUCAGACAAUAUGAUCUUAAACUUAAAUACAAACAACGCAAGUAAACUAAAAUCAUAUAUUAGAAAACGAACUCCAACACCGCCAAGUACAAUCGAUGUUAGACUUAUUUAAAAUUAAUCUUUAUUAUAUUCUAUGAUGUUAAUUGAUUGACUUUUUUAGAACGCGUCGACAAUUUUUUACUCAUAUUGAGACGUCACCAGGUUUAGGUGAAAUACCACAAAUCUAGACCUAUACUUAGUGCUCUGGACCGCAGCAGUAAGGGUUCUUUAUCGUGUCAACCCCUACCGCUACACGAAAUCUGUGUUUGUUAAGAUCAUAUUCGAAAGACGAGGCCAAGGCACCGAAAGACCCGUGAUUCUCACUUCUAAAUGUCGACCGUUCGGAGAAGGAAUAAUCAUUGUCGAUGUUUACGUGUUGGUUUUGACGCGGCCAUGGCACGAGUGGAGUUCGAAUUCACGAUCUUUCUGAAGUGCCGCGACCGGUCUUAUCAUGUCAAUAACAUAUUUUUUCUAGGAUGACCUUAAAUAAGACCCAUUCACUUACAUUGAAAAUUGACAUGCACGUCCUCAUCGGAAAGCCAACAAAAGUGGAAUGUAAUUCAAUAAUGGUACAGGUUGACGCCAGAAUCUAUUGAGCUGCAUUGUGUAUUUUGUUAUGGGUCAGAACAAACCCUUAACUAGAUUAAUAAAGUGCAAAUAGUAAUAUACACAACAUGUCAAAUACGGCAUAACGUCACUGAUGAAGAAUCCUUGAAAUUUCUUAUUUGAAUAUCUACAUGAUGAUUAUAUAGGUAUGGAUACCCAAAUUUCGAAAUUGUAUAGAGCAGUUUGGAUACAUUCCUACAGAAAACAAGUUUUAAACGUCUUUUUGUACGUAUGUUUAAUAAAGAUGAAAUAAUAGUAGAGGCUAAUGUAUGAAUACGAUUGGUUAAUAAGCAUAAUAACCCGUUCUGAAAGUAAAAUGAACUAUACAAUUGAGAUAGUUUUGACUAACUAAAGAGGUAUGUUAAAAAGGCAAUGUUUCAAUUGAUCGUUACAAGACGAGAAAUAAUAUUGGAUUGAAUCCUAAAAUCUAAACCCGAAGAUCCAGAGAGAGAGAGAGAGAGAGAGAGAGAGAGAGAGAGAGAGA